AAUGUAUUUCCACACCCCGCUCAUCGUAGGUAUACGGUAUACAGCUGGAUAGUUGAAUGGUGCAGCAUUAUGCAACACAUGAUGUGUAGGUAGGUAAAGCUACGGUUUUUGAAAUCAAGUCCUAAAAGCAUCCUGAAAAUCAGACAUCCUUUCAGCAGUUGCAUGGACUACCUAAGUUUUCCGAUUUGAAUCGAAUGGUUAUUGGUUUAUUGGUAUUGAAAUGGCGAGUUCGCGAUCGUUGCUUCACGAUCCUGAGGCGGAUGCACUUGAAGGACAGCACAUCAUCCGACGGUUCACAGAUGAGCUUACAGGUUCAAACGAUCUAGAGCGAUCAACCAAGGCAGCGCAAGCCGAAAUCGAUGAAGAGGAGUUAGAUAAUGAGAGAUUACGACUCAGAUCUCUCUACGAAAGCCCGGAGAGCCAUAACAAUCAGUCAAGAGACUUCAUUGUCUCGGAAAUCGCAAAGAACGCACUACUUGAAAUGGUUAACAAGUUCAUCGAGAAUGAGAAGCCUUCAAUGCUGCAGCGUAUAGGGUUCUCUCACAAGCCGGCGAAGUCAAAGGCAAACAACAUGCUCUUAGAUUUGGUACAAAGCGAUCCACAGGAGCUUGAAGCGAUAAUUGAUAAUCUAGAAGAGGCCUGGAAGCAAAACAAUGGACGAAUAUAUCGAACUUUUAAGCUAUUGUGUAAGACUCUCGACGACCAUAAGGCUGUCUUUUCAAUAUUUCCGUCGCAAAACGAAUAUACCUCAAUUUUGUGCUCGAGCAUUUUUUGUUUUGUAAAGGCGGCUAAGAACCAUAGCGAAAUUGCUGAAACACUAUCCAACUCCGUUCAUCGUAUUUCGGAGAUUGUUGCUAGAGCUUCGAAAAACAUCUUGAUAUUCAAAACUCAGUCAAUAAGACGGAAGCUCGCAGAUAUCUACGCUAUCGUGUUCCGAUUCCAUCACAAGACCAUACAGUGGUAUCUAAGUUCGAAGCUAACGAGAGUGUUUCCCUCUUUUAAUGAGAAUUUGAAGGCAGGCUUCGAAAGCACCGAGAAAGAACUUGAUAAAGAAAUUGAAGAGUUGUAUCGUGAGGCACAGAUUAGCCAGCAUGCCAUGGUCGCAAUUCUUUCUGGUAAUAUUGAACGGUUGAGUGCUGAGCUACACUACCAGCGAAUGCAUUGCGAAGUUACAGAUACCACGGCCGGCCAUCGUAUGAUAAAUUUGAUGGAGGCAAGUUGGAACGGAAGUCGGUUCCUUAAACGACCACAGCAAAUCGAGACCGAUAGACAUAACCCACUUGGAAGCGAACUGAUACUCCAUGCCCCAGAAAUGGUUGGGAAUAUAAUAACACGCGGUCAAGCCCGCACUUACAGCCCCGCUAUAGAGCGUUUCAUUGUCGGUGACGAAGGGCCGUCUAAGUUCAGUACAGGCAAGUUCUGGGUCGCCGAAGAUGAAGUUUUACUGAAGCUGCGCGACUGGAUGGCCGAGCGCAGGACAACACGCAUGUUAUGGAUAUCGAGCCCUUACGAGCCAGGGGCCAUGACGAGUGCGCAUGCGUCAGCUCUAGCUGUCGUAGCUGCAGCGUGGCAAGCAAAGGCACCAUUAAUCUCGCAUUUUUGCCAACGGCCGCGGCGGGAUGAGUUACGCGCGGGAAUGAGUGUUGAACAGGUAGGGUUAAUGGGUUUAGUCUACAGCUUAGUCUCCCAACUGCUCCAGUUUCACCAAGAUGAAGCUAUUCUCAACACCGGUGAAGACACCUUUAGAAUGUUGAACGGAGAAAAACAAUCUUGGGAUACGAGCUUAAAAGCCCUAGAAGUGCUACUAAGUCAUAUGACUGUAUUGAAAUACUGCGUCAUCGACGGACUGAACGAGCUCGAGUUAGGGGAUGGCGGCCAAUGGUGCCAGCAAUUUUUAAACGUAUUGCUUGAACACCAACAAGCAAAAGAGACAGCGUUCAAUAUUCUUUUUACCACGGCUGGCCAAUCGCGUAUCCUGGCUUCCGGAGUAGAUGUUAGAGACAGACAUCUUGCAACUAGACCUGCGAGAGAGUUGGCUAGAUGGGGAAGGAAGAUCGAGUUAGAGCUUUGAGGAUUAAAAUGAACGCAGCGACAGCCUGUGUGCGU